GACAUUGACAAGCAACAGCUAUACUGCAACAGACAAAGACGGUCACAUGCAUCGUCUAUAAUGUUGCGAAUGGUCAACAAACGAAUGAACAAACGCACGUCUCCGAUACCAUUACGAUCUCGUACAAAUCGGUCAAAUGCACAAGAAAACCGAAACGAAAAGACACAUGCAAGCAAUUCCAUAGUGACAAAAAAGCAAAUCCGCAUUCACGGUUUGUGUGUGUCUGUCAACAAUGGCAAACAUACACUUCAGCCUAUCACCUAGUCCAACUGCAUACGCUAAUAUACUGUGUUUACUAUAAGCCGUAAUCAGCGGAAAACUGCGUGGCGAUGAGCCGCAUUUUGGUCCGACGAAAUGUGGAAAAAAAACGGGCUGUAACCGUCAAAUUCAUUGUUUUCUUUGGACAUGAAUCAAAAUUCACACAUUCAAUUGACAAUUUGUCGUCAUUACGAUCCAAACAAUCUUUCCUUAACUCAGUCACUAGUCAUUUUUAGUUGAAUUUUUCGUACGAUCAUUUUUGACCAUCACGCUUUUCAGCUGAUGCAAUGUUGAAUGUUUGAAGCGAAGAAAACAUUCCUUUACAUGAAAUGUGCAUUCCGAUUUUCCCAUUUUCACCUGUUACGUGCGCGCACAUGCACACACACACACACACACACACUGGCGAUGCGAAUCAACCUCGGUGUUACCAAUUUAGCAUGCAGAAGAAUCGCGUCGUGUGUACGUGCCUCGUAAUAUGAACGGGCUUAUAUGAAAAACGCAACCGAAGAGAGACGAGGAAAAAUGACAAGCAAAAGAAAAUAGUCGAAUCAUAAAGUAAUAUGCGCACGCGAUCACAAUUACAACAAAACAAUCGUCAAAAGAACAUUGGGACAUAGCUGGCGCUCGUGCGAUCUCGCCGCAUAGCGGAGUGUAAAAUGAAAAAAAAUAAAAUGUAUGCGAGCGCGAACGCGCGCGCGUGUCCAUAAACACAGUGAUCUUAUAUGAAUGAGCUUGAGCAGCGACCACAGAGGCACCGAAUGUUUAGAGUGUAAACACUGUAUGUAGUUUGUUGGCAGUAACAGCACUUUUUCUUUUUUGCUUGAAUUUUUUUCUUCUCUCCCCAUCUCGCUCUCUCUCUUUCGCACACACACGCACACAAAUACUAUUUCUGUCUCUUGUCCGUCUGUCUCUGUCUUGUUGUGUGCUGAGCGCUAUGUGUGAGUAUGUUUUUACUUUUGUUGUGUUUUUUUUUCUUCUGUACUUUCCGUGUGCUGCCCGAUCAUUUUCAACGAUUUUUCAACUCUCAUCCUUUCUACGAAUUCGAAUCCGAUGUAAUGUUUAAAGCAGUUCAUUAACUAACGAUCAGUCGUUUGGUGCAGUUUGUCGAAUUUAAGCGCUCUCCUAGCUCAAAGCUAACACAUUCUUCUUCUGUUUGUGUUUGUAUCGGAAAUUAUCGCUUUGUUUUUUCCGAAGCAAAUUCGUAUCAUCAGUAAAUAAAACGGCGUUUAAUUUUUAUUUAAAAUCCAACAGAAAUUGGACCGUUUCAACCGAAUUAGACAAAAUAAACCGCAAAAUUGUUUCACGAAUGAGACACGUCAAAAAUGCGGCGAGUUUUUGAAAUUAUAUCAUAAAAGAAAUUAUUUGACUUGAAAAUAAAUAAAUAUUCAAAUUAAAACGGUUAUUAUUUUUCCUCGAAAAUAUUAAAUCGGACAGUGGCAAAGAUUGCCAAUUUAUUUGAAACCGAGACCUGAUUCCACAACAAAUUACAACGUUUUUUCGAAUGAAACAAGUGAUGAACAUUUUUCUAUUCGUUUUCGAAUGGAUUCUGUGUCGUGUGUCUGAUCAAUGGAUAUUUUACCAUUCAGUCAGGUGAAUCCAAACAAAACAAGCGAAUCGUGUGCGAAACGCGAUUAGAAAAAUUUCAUUUUCACACAUUUGUGGCAACAAAAAAUGUCAUCAUAUUUAAGAACAACAGUGACCGUAUGGUUCCGACAAAAUCGAUUGGUUUGGAUAUGAAUUUGGGCUUGUGAUACAGAUUCAUUCGUUUAGUCAAGUGAUAGCAAAUUGUGAUUUAAAAGAAGAAAAACGAAACAAAGAGAAAGAAAGAAAGAGAGAGAGAGAGAGAGAGAGAGAGGGGGUUGAAUUCUCUGCAGAGCAAACUCAAUUAAGACAAUACAAGUUGAAAUAAAAUUAAAUCAAGCGGAGAGCAAACGCGCUUCCGACUGAUUCAAAGAAAAUACAUUUGUUUGAAUUCAAUCAAAAAUUAGUAAUCCAAUAGAAUGAUGCAAGCCACAGUGAACAUGAAUCGAUUCCUUCUUUCAUUGUACAUAAUAUGCCUGGUGCAUGCUCAAGUUCCUCAAAAUUGUGUAAAUUCGAUGGUUGUAAAUGAUAUCGAGGGUGGCAGCGGUGGCGGUGGUCUCUAUUUAGCUAAAGUGUUCGAUCACAGUGGAGACCACCAGCAGCAGCAGCAGCAGCAUCAACAGCCGCCACAUCAUCAUUUACGACACAGUCACAACCAACAAAUUCAUCAUCAGCAUCACAACAGCAACCAUCGUCACAACCACAAUGCACAUCAUCACCAGGCCGAAGAACAUCAUCAUGUGGAUGCUGGCAACCACAACGAUGUUGAAAUCGGCCACACACAACCAAAUAUGUGGCAUAUCUUGGGGCAAACCGUCAAGAGUGUUGAUGAGAAAUCGGAAAAGCAUUUCGAUGAGCAGCAAAUGCUCGAAAAAAUGCAUCAUCUGAAUCAGAAGGUGAAUUGCCCAAAGUGUCAAAAUCGCCCCGAAUUGCGGAUGACUGAAGAGGAAUUGACCAAAUUACGAAUUGAAUAUGUAAAAAAUCAAAUAUUAAAAAAGCUACGGAUGACCGAACGGCCAAAUGUGUCGACCGCCAAUUUACCUCGACCCGUUGCCGAAGGUUCAAUGAUAUUCCCCGAGGAUGAAGAGGAGCAACAAAACCACGCAUUCGAACAAUUUUAUGGAAAAACUACACAGAAAAUCAUCUUCCUCAAGCUGGAUAAUGAGAAAUGUAAAGGAGUAGAAAAUUUCGGAUCGUACAUGUGCUUCACAUUCGAAAUACCGGCCGACAUUGAUUAUAAUGAUGUUGAUGCAGCUGAACUAUGGGUUUAUCGACAGCCAGAUCCAAAUGCUAAUGAAGCGCAAUCAUUUUUGGUCAGCGAAAUCGAAAGUUGGGACUCGAAAAAAAUCAACAAACCAUUCGCCAUUCACUAUGCAAACAGUUCAGAAGGUUGGGGCAAAAUUGAUUUCACAUGGUCCAUACGCAAUUGGAUGAAAUACCAAAAUCUGUAUCACGUCAUUGACAUCUCGUGCAAUACGUGCGAAGAGCAUCCAACAGUGGAUUUAUUCUCGCUGGACUAUGGUUAUCGACCGUUUAUCGUUGUAAACACAACAUCCAGCCAAACCAUAAAACGACAACGGCGUAGCAUUAAUUGUUCGCCCGGCGUAUCAGAGUGCUGCCGUGAUAAAUUGUACAUAUCAUUCGCUGAAAUCGGUUGGAAUGACUGGAUCCUACACCCGGCUGGCUAUGAUGCGUACUUCUGCCGCGGAUCAUGUGCAUCGGCCGCUACAAUCACAUCCGACGCGAGCAACUACCACUUAUUUGUCCGGAAUAUGUUACGAAAUCACUCAUCACACAACCGAGAGAAAAGCUUUGAACUCGUUCCAUGCUGUACGGCUACCCAAUUUUCAUCACUGCAACUGUUUUACAUGGAAAACAACUCAACGGCCACACGAAAGACGCUCCCCAAUAUGGUUGUUGAAGCAUGCGGGUGUAUGUAGACGGUUAAGUCAUGAGUAGCAGCAGCAGCAGCAGCAGCAGCAGCAGCAGCAGCAGCAGCAGCAGUAGCAGUAGUACAAUACGCCAGCUGUUGUUUUCUUUUAUCAUGAAAUCCGUUUAUAUUAAAUUCAUCAUUGCAAUGAUCUAUAUUACUACCCUGGUUUGUCAUUUGAUUCCACUGAAAUUCGUUUGCAUUCACCAAAUUUUCCGUUUUCCAUUUAAUGCGUUUAGAUUGUAAAAUUAGUUGUAUAAUAAUUUAUUUUUGUCUAUAAGUAAUUUUAUGUAGUUUUUUCUUUUACUUUUGGUGACGUUCCGUCGAAUGCUCAUUUAAUCGCAGCGAAAUGUACAUGGUCGAAUGCGAUAUCUUACUUAAACACAAAAUACAGUAUUCUAUGCAAAUAUGAUUGUAGAUUUUAAAUCGCCUUUUAGUGCGCGAUAGUCGAUUUAAGAAUUCAGAUAUUCCCUUAGUCCCAUCGUUGAUUCGGACUAUUUCUCUUUUUUUUACAUUGUUGUUAAAAUUAAAUCUUCUGGUAUUAAGUAAGUGAUUAAAAAAAUGAAACUGAUAGAGAGAAAAAAAAAA